AUGGCCCUGCCCUUUUCCUUCCUGGUGGCCCUGGUGGCUCUCAGCUGCAACUCCAUCUGCUCUCUGGGCUGUGACCUGCCUCACACCCACAGCCUGGUUAACAGGAGGGCCUUGGUGCUCCUGGGACAAAUGAGAAGGAUCACCCCUUUCUUCUGCCUGAAGGACAGAAAGGACUUUGGGUUCCCCCUGGAGGCGUUCAGUGGCAACCAGUUCCAGAAGGCUCAAGCCACUUCUGCCAUCCAUGAGAUGAUCAGGCAGACCUUCCACCUCUUCAGCACAGAGGGCAUGUUUGCUGCUUGGGACAAGACCCUCCUAGACCAACUCUGCAAUGGACUUCAUCAGCAGCUGAGUGACCUGGAAGCCUGUCUGACGCAGGAGGUGGGGCUGGAAGAGGCUCCCCUGAUGAGUGAGGACUCCAUCUGGGCUGUGAGGAAAUACUUCGAGAGAAUCACUCUCUACCUGCAGGAGAAGCAGCACAGCCCUUGUGCCUGGGAGAUUGUCAGAGCAGAAAUCAGAAGAUCCUUGUCUUUAUCAGCAAACUUGGAGGAAAGAUUAGAAGCAAGAAAUGACAGCUGA